UGUAAAUUAUUUGGUUUAGUUUUAUAAUGUCUGGAGCGGAGUCGCUUUUUACUUGGGUGUAUGGACCGGGUGUCACAACGCAAGGGAGCACCGUGAUAGUGCAUCACCAGCCCGAAGCCCUGCGACCCGUGCUCUUUGUGUUCUAUACACUGGAAACCAUCUUCAACAUGUUCUGCAUGGGAUAUCACAUAUCUGGCUUUCAGGUCAUCGAAGUGCAUAUGUUCGAAUGGGAUGAGGUGGCCAUCCACUACUUCUACCUCACGACCUUCUACUUCUUUAUGGUGGUGACACUCUUGCAGAGCGUCAGUAUAUGCACCGGCAACAAGUCCACCGUCAUCACGGAGAUCUGGAAGUCCUCGUUGGCCGCCAUCGCCUUCAUCCUCAUAUCCUUGACCACAAUGUAUGACGCGGAGCGGCAGUUCUACGUGUUCUUCAUGGAGAGGGAAGUGGAUGAAAAGCAUGUCCACCAACUUUUGGAGGAGCGACCGAUGCACCCGUUCUUCUUCUACCUGCGUGGACAGUCCAUCUCCUCGCUCGCCUGCGGAAUACUCUACCUGCUCCACGCCACCAUCAUGAUCGACGUCAAGCUGACCCACGACCUGAACCAAGGUGCUAACAAGGGCACCUACAUGCCCAUACCUCUCUUUGUCCUGGGCAGAUUCAUCCACGGGAAGCUAAGCCGCUACAGUUGGUUUCGGGAGUUCUGCGAGAACGAGACCAUUUACUUGUAGACGGACUCUGGAAACUUUUCUAUAAUGAGCCCGUGAUUUCUGUUUCAUAUUUUGUAAUACCGCCCUUUCCAAAUUUUAUAAGUACCUAUGUCUGCUGCGUGCAUAUGUAUCCAUAAACUAUAUUUUU